AUGGAGAAUUCGCGACGCAUUGAAGACUUGGCGGAUGAGUUGAUCAGCGAUAUACUUUCGUUCCUUCUGGGCUCAGAAGAUCUCUCGCCGGAACCAUCCCCAACGAGUCCUCACGGCUCGUCUCCCGACUCCAGCGAUGGUUCGGCUCAUGAAUUUGGCGAGAAGUCCGACUUGGAUCGUUUCAGACUCGUCUGUAGAAGGUUCCAGCGAAUUGGCACGCCGCGGAAAUUCGCUCGUUUUGUACUCCGAUUCUCGUCCGACGAGUUUCAAAGGUUGGAGGAUCUUCUGAACAUGCAGCUAGCCUGCCAUGUCAGAUAUUUUACGUACAUGGUGCGACCCUUCUACCAAGGAAGCGGAUGGCAUCAGAUCUUAGAUGGGGUCGAUGUAGACAACCUCCCCGUUUCCUCCGUGCACCGGUGUCGGCUCCAAUACCAACGAUACAUAAUCGAUUCCAACCAUGAUUUGCUUGUGCUGCGACGCGCCAUGGCAGCAUUCUCGUCCCUCCAGCAGGUCAAACUCCUCCGGUUGCAGGAUGAAGCGGACGAACAAGUACUUGAUCACAUUCGCGAACACUCGUUGGGAAGGACAACCCGCUUGGAUUGGGAACCAGCAUGUACCAGAGCUGUCACAAACCUAAGCAUUUCUUUGCUGGAGUCAAAUUGUAACUCUGUUAGGUUUGUCGGCCCACAGAUCAGCCCGGAGGCGACAGUGAGACUGUUACAGGCGCCGUCCACCAGUCUGUCCGCCCUGGGUGCACGCUUGACAAGCUUGGACGUAACCUUCCACUCCGCAGCCAAUUUGUCCACGUACAUGGAGACGCUCUCCAGCGUUUUCUACAAAUUCUUUCUAGCCGCGAAGAAUCUCACUACCAUCCAUCUGGGCUUUCCAACCAUUGCGCCGCUAGACCUCGCUCUAGAGCAGAUCUUCCAUCACCUCCAGUGGAAGGGCCUCCGAACGCUGAGCAUCCAGGGCUGGCGCCUCGGGUCGGAAGAAAUCGUCGCGCUCAUCCGCCGGCACAGGCACCAGCUCCGCGACAUCCGACUCGCCAGUAUCUAUAUUCGCCCCGGUGGGCGAUGGCGCGACGUCCUCUCCGUCCUACAUGAUGACAUGGAUUAUCUCGAGCACAUAGACCUGCGUGGCAUCGACUACGCGAGUCAUUUUGAUGCCAGCACCAACCCCAACCCCAUCGGACACGGUGCCGGUAGCUCUCAAACGCCGACACUUGCCAUCGUUGUGCAACCCACGCCCAUUCUACCCCCUCACAAGGCCGUCCUCAACAUGGACUACUUAUAUUCUGCCCUACCGGGCAGCACCUCUCGUUCAUUUGAGCUCGAGCAGCUAAGAGGCCUUACCGCCGACGAUCUCGGAGACAACGGCGUGAGCGUCAACAACGAUCAGAGGUCUCGCUGGCAACAAUGGGUCUUAUCUAGUCAACGAAAUUACGUCCAAAGUCGGGUUUAAUGUCUUUACGAAAGUUGCUUUUAUACAUGUGGAUUCAGUCAGCCAAUUAAUUUCUUUCAAGCGAAAAAGAAACAGUCGCUUUUCUUGUCCUCCUUUAUACAACCCAAAUACCAAUUGCAACUUAAGCCA